CCGCAGGGGGCGUUCAUAUGUGACUCAUGGUUAGGGCGAAACAGACUGUUGUGAAUGUCCUUCAUCUUGCCAAUGUACACAUUUACAGUCUCGUCAUAUAAACUAGGAAUGGGAUUACCGCGGAAAAUGAAAGGACGUCUUCCCUGUAUACGGACGUAGUGGGGUAAACGUUUUGAUGCAUUGUGUUUUUAACAACAGACAGCCACUCUCAGGACGUCGAUGAGAUGAUACUAUGUGAUUACUGUGGCGAUGACAUCCCUGCGACGACAAAUGGUCGUAAACAAUCAGAUAAGAUAUUCCAUCAAGAUUGUUUCAAUCACCAUAUCCCCAGAGGAGAACGUGCUCUGGCACUCUUCAGAAAGGAUUCUUCACAAUCUAAUGUAUUUCUGACGGCUAUACACAUCAGCUAUUUGAACGGACUAAAAGGUGAAAACGCCGAGCAAAGGAAACAGAAAAGGGUUAAGAGAGAUCACAAAGUGAAAGAGUUAUUGAAAGAAGUGACGGCACUCCGCAAUUCAACCUCUGGUCAGAUCUUGAUACAUCUUGUAGGUCGUGACCAGCAGGAUACUUUCUCCGGUGCAUUUGACGAAUUCGUUGAUGAAAAGUUUUUGGGUUUAAUCCACGAUGGAAGUCUUUUCACUGAUGUUUACACGAAACAGCCCAUGUGUGCAUAUGGCAAAGUCCUGCAGCAGGUGAAACUCGAGAAAGAAGAGGAGCUUCGUGCGCUGAGAGAAAGCCAGCAGGAAGACAUUGAUCAGCUAGAGACCUUGAUAGAACAAAGCAAACUAGAGCUGGAAGCUAUAGAACAGAAGCUACAACAAGAGGAAGUGGCACAGUUUCUGAGCUUUACUGACAUUAUAGUUCUCUCUGUAGAAGGUGGAGACUAUCUGACAACAACCGACUUUAAGACCAAGAUAGCCUUGGACGAUCGAAUCAUCAACCCCUCGGACCAGACUGUACUUACUUGUCUGAGGAAGAAGAAACAGUUUCGUGAAGUAUUCCACUGUCCGGAAGUGAAUUGGGUUAUACAAAACCUGCAAGAGAGCAGGUCCAUUCAAUUCAAAGGAUACUACCCCACGCCAAACAGCAGUGAUCGAGAUAUUUUAGAUUUCAUGUUCAAGGAGCACAAGCUUCUGGAAUACGCAAGCGCAUUUACAAAGAACGAUCGAGGUGGGUCGUAUUUCGUUGGAGUAGCAGAGAGUGAUUUGUACUUUGCAAGCAACUUGUACAGGUCAAAGGUUUAUAAAAACCAACCGGUGGCAGUCAUAAGUUGUGAACAGCUUGCGACUGACAUUAAAAGAACAUUUGAAGAAACAGCAUUGGUAUGUGACUAUAAUGGGAACAAAAGACAUGAUCUGGAUUUAGUGAAGGUUGAAUUCCUGCACUCACUCACAGGCAGCGCAGCAAACGGUUCACCAAACAGUUCACCAGGUGGACAUUUUGUAAUACAUGUACACAUCAAACCAAUUAGUGGAAUAGUGUUCUAUGACAGUCAAGGACCAUUGGCCUAUCGAAUAGUCAACAACGCUGUCACAACAUACACUGUGAAGGAGUGGUUCCGGGCAAUCACUUUGUCAUCCAAGAAUUUAGCUCCAUAACUAUAAUGCAGAGGAAGUAGGAACAUAUUCAUGACCAUUUCACCAGAAAUCAGCAAGUCAGCUAGACAGGCAAUGGCGAAACUCGAGGGAAAAGUGAACCCAGAGGCGGAAAACGAAUUCCAUUUGAAGACUAAAGAUUUUCUUCGUCCUUCAUUGAAGCAAAUAGGAAAUAGCAUCGCUGAAAUCAAACGCUACUUUCAGGAACCAGGGGUCAUCAGAAUUGUACCAUCAAGACCGAACAAUGAUCUACAAGACAUAAAUGAUGAUUUGAUGUCGCGAAUUACAGGGGAUGGAUUUCUAUUCAAGGAAAACAUAGUGAAAGGUGCAAGUUCUGAGCUAUGUGAAAACACGCCUGGCCUUGUUCUGCUGACGAAUUCCUUUGGACCAACAUUCAACCUGCCGACGUUGCCACAAACAGUGCAACAACUAUGUGACAUUUUCUUGGCACUGCCCCAGCAACCCCCCAUGUUGCUCACAGUUAUUGAUGCUUUUCCGGAGACAAAGAAUGCAAAGGAUUACAACGCACAUUUGGCCAGAGAAAUGACAACUAAAUUGCGGUUGUUUACUAGUGAGAGUGUUAACUUUGUACGUGGGAUUAUCAGUAGAAAUGAUCUGAAAGAUGCAAGAUUGUUCCAGGCCAGGUUGCGAGUACAUGCAUCAUUAUCUUCAAUAUUCCCACCGAAGUCAUCAUUCUCGAUGAACCAAAUGAAAUAUGAUCAAGUUAUGACAGCCUUCUGGGCGGUUGUUGCUGAAACAAAGUCCGUGGUGACAGAAAAAGGUGAUGUUAAUCGCAUGGAUAUACAGUUUCUCACAAAAGAACAGUGUGUCGUCUUGGUUGAGAACAUGAACUCUAAGCAUGUCCAGGUGAGAUGUAAACCCGGAAGUGGAGCUACGACUCUGAUGCUGGAGGUGACCAGGAGACUGAGCAGGCUGGGGGAGACUCUCCUGGUGUGUAGGUCAAGGGAGGAGACGGACAGACUCAGGCCCCUGUACCCAUCCAUAAUAUCGCUCCACGAAGUUGGUAAUCGUGAUCUGUGCAAGUUUGAGAACGUUGUCCACGACACGCAUGCAGUACUGCAUGGAACAAAUGGUCGUCACUGGCAGUUUCUGAGAGAGACAAGCACGGCAGACCUGAGGAAAAGAGUCACUGCUGUUGAAAUGGUUGUAAUUGCAAUGGACAAUCAACUGGAGGCAAUGAAAUGUGAAAACUGGAAACAGAGGAUGAAGUACAUGCAGUCGGAAAUGGAUGUACUCAAGUUAUUUCAUCAACUAGCUGGGUCUCAUGCUGUAAGUUGUGUUCAGCUGAACACUAUCAGUCACAAAACGGACAUUCUCCCAAGGAAAUGUUUAAGCGAUGACAUUUCACUUUCAUCACGGGAGUCUGGUGGGGUGGAACCUCACAUGGGGAAGUUAAUGGAAAGAAUAGAAGACCGAAAGGACCCUUUUCCCACUCUGGCAACGUUUAUCAUGGAAAGGAAGGCUGAGCUGAUGUACCUGAGAGCUAAAAUGACAUUCUUGGAAAAAGCUACCAAGGGUUCUGAGGACAAAGAUCCUAGGAACGAGCAGGGCACGCUGCAGGAGGGAAAACAUAACAGAAACGAACAGUGUCUGAACCCCGGGAAAGCUGAGAUGAGAGAGAAACAUAGACAAAAAAAGAAGCUCAAGAGGAAAUAUUCCGGGAAGCUGAGGCACAGACGCAGCUCCAAAGAAGACAAUGAAGAUAGUGUAGUUAGAUACAUAUCCAAACAGCAUCCAUCGGCAAUCCCUGAAACCCAGGCUCAACCUCCCAACCCAAAAUCUGAAGAAACACAGUGGACAUUUGAAGGAACUGGGAAACUCCAAGACAGAUUGGAAACUUUUGAGAAGGCAAGAGAUGAAAACAUACGGCAGCUGAUUCCACUUCUCACUGUUGAGUGGCAAAACACGUUGAACUACUUGAAGAGACAUACAGCCACACUCUCCUGGUUUGGAGAGGAUACGAGAGGAUUCCAUUAUGAUCAACGAGAGCGACACGACCCGUUUGUGCACGAAACACAUUCUCGCCAGGAAGGUAUCUGUGAAGAUCAGAGAGGUGACCAAACUGACACAAAAAGCCAGAAAAGUGGUGAUGUAGGCACAGAUGAGGUGGCUUCUGUUGCAAAGGAUGUGGACAGUACAAGAGCACUUUCCAUUUCACAUCCUAUCGGGAAAAGUCGCUGCAAACAAGAAAGUCCUGUCUAUCAAUUGAGGAAUUUUCAGUUGGGAAGGCUAAAUGUGAUGUGCAUCUAUGGAAUGCUCGGACAGAUAGCAGUCGCGGAUAAUGAGAACAUUGGUGAUCUGCAAGACAAAUGUGGACAUAUGGAGAAAGCCUUUGGUUGUCCUCUUCACGUUGUGGGAGAACUGGAUUCAUCCCGAUGUCAUCCCGUGUCAUGUCCUACACUUUUACUUGACGCCAAACGAGCCAACCAAAGAAGGUGUCACGUCACUGCAGAUGGAAAGUUAGUGAAUUCGCCACCAGCAACAAAAGCCAAGGAUGAUACAGGAUUGGAGGAGUAUAGUGGCACCUGCAGUCAUGUUCCUAUUCUACUUCCCGAACAUCUGACAGGCGACUCUGGCAGCCUCCCAGUUCAAUACUGGGAGACACAUACAGAUGUAGGUGUUGUCGGGGGUCAGGGAUGGCCGCCCAUCCUAGAGAUGGGACUCUCCGAGGCAGGACUGGUUGACAGCAGGACCUGGAUUUGUAAUCAGCCUCGCUCCUGGUGCGUCACUGUAUGGAGGUGUAAGAAACACGGUGGGAAGAUCUGUACCCGUGCGUACAAGGAAGGGGAUUGGGGAGACUGUAUGAUCGACACCAUGUCAGACAUUCCUGGAACAAAGGCCACCCUCUGCUAUGGCGUUGUUCUGGAUGUGGUGAGAGGGAGGGUCGCCUUUAUUGAUCUGAACAGGAAGGUUGUUUUGGCUAGGUAUGAUGUUCAGUUUAAGGAGACCCUUUUCCCAAUGUUUGGUGUCUGGCGGAGGUCAGAGGAUUUCUCAGUGGAGAUGACGCUGAUCAAUGGGGUGGACAUCACAAUGACUGACACCAAAAGAGCACUUUUAUGCCAAAGUCUCAAAUAGUAGAGAAAUCACUCAGAUGAACUGAUUGUUUACUGAAGGCAAUGCUAUCAAAAUAUAUGCAAACCACACCAUCGGAUGUACAAAAUAAAGGCUAUUAUAUGAACUGAUGCCUUAAUACCUUCCCAAAGACCAGGUGUCCAUGAAAAGAGAAUGUCCUGCCCUACUGGUACCACCCGCCACACGGAUCAACGACCUUGUCAUCUAACCGGUUUUUUUCAGUAAAAACAGUAAAGUGAGAGCCACUUACAUCACGGCUUAUUGUGGGAAAACUCCAGAAGUAAAACGGGUCAUUGUCGUUUGGUACUUUGAUAUGUUUCAUUGACAUUCUGGAAGAUAAAAUCCCUCUUGUUUGACAACAGCAUAGGCAUCUAACUGAAACCUCACACGAUAAGAGACUUUAAUAACAUCCUCGAGGCUGAAACCAAGACAUAAUCGGGGCAACACGGAAUUCAAAUCCACGAGGACAAGGUUUCAGGAGUGUCCAAGGGACGCAACUAUUCACAGUGAAUUACAGCGCCUUUGACCACUGGGUCAUUCGUGCCUAUUGACUAUUGACUAUAUCUGUUAUUAUCUAACCUCACACCUAAAUGUCGUUUUCUGAUUGACUGUGCCAAUCAAUGUACCAUCAGGUGAUGUACCCUCUAUGUUUGUUUAUGUUUACAUAUACAAACAUAGAAGGUACAUAAAACCAUGUCCCCCUCGUGACCAGUGAACAACUUAUAAUGGCUUGUGUCUGUAACACAUUUUCAUUGAGCUGCAUACUAUGUCCAGAGAAUGAAGAAGUGUGUUUUCUGUAAUACACUAUAGAAUGAUUCUGAUUGAUGGCUUAUUGGAUGGAAAGACAGAUGGAUACAAUGUUACUUAUCAUUGCCAUUCCUUGCUUGGUUUUGUUUCAAAUAUCUUUUUGAAAGUGUUGGUUUUGCGAUGAAAUCGUCUUUCUAGUUCAGCUUAAUGUACGUUUAACAUUUAUUGGGACAACAAGUUAAUUCACGCUGUGAAAUCCUUUCAUUCUCAAGAUCUGUUAUCUAUUUAAUGUAUCCAUGUUUAAAGAUGUUAUAUUGCUCUACCUGCAGUGGUUCAGGUGUUGCAUUUCUAUUCUGUUGAUUAUAGUGCAGUGUGGUUGAGUGAGUUAAGAUUGCCAGUUAUAUUGUCAGUAUUUCAGUCAUAUAGUGACUAAACAAGUUAUACAUUCAUAGCACAUAAAGUAAGAAUAUAAACACGAAGGACAGUAAUAUCACAGAUUUAGAUUAUGCAAAGAACCAUGGGGACUAACCAUACCUUGCUUCCUGCAUGCACCCUAUCCGGAUUUACACCAUCCCUUCAGCCGUUGGCAAGUGUGCUAGUUAUCUAUAGACAUGGGUGUCCCACUUCUUUUGAAUACAAAUAUGCUGAGGGAAACAAAUAAAGUAACACUACAUAGAUUGAUUUUCAACGUUUCACCCACAGUACAAUUCAAAACGUGACAGAACACAAAAAAUGAAAUGAAAAUAGAAUACUUGUUUCCCACUGUACAUGUUUUAUGCAGUUGUGCUUAUUUUCAUUCCUGUUUUCAUGCUGACUGCACAGUUUGUAAACGUCAAGUGAAUUCAUUUGUUAAAAUGAUGUUUUGUUUGAGUAAAGAUUAUCUAGAUUGUAUAUAGGUUUGCUGAAUAAAGCGUGUUUAUGAAUG